UUAAUUAGGUCAGAACGACUCCGUCGUGGCCUCUAUGAUAUGGGUUUUAACAAACCUUCUAAGAUCCAAGAAACAGCGCUACUCAUGCUCUUAGCUGAUCCGCGAGUGUCUUUACUACUGCAUGACAUUGUAUAAUCUUCAAAAACACAUAAAAUUUCCUAUAGUUUUCACAUAAUCAUCAAUUUUAGACUAUAAAAAAACAAAACACCAGAAUUAUUUCGGCUGAAAUAUUUUUGUACCUGUUUACUAGAGACAAAAAUUAUGUGGGAUGUGAGAAAAAAAUUAAUGGCAAUAGACUAUUUUCGAUAGAUUAAAAUUCAUACUUGGCUCCGAGGCUUGAGGGAAUAAAGCAAAAGAUAUGUAUUAUUCAUUACUGAGCCUCAAGAUGAUUUCUUUUGUUUUAUUGGUCUAUUUUAUAACAGGAUCAAGUUUCUUUGUGGGUGUCAGGUGGCAAUAGGCCAUUUGCACUAAGAGGCCAUGUGACAUCGUUUUUAUGAAAAUGAAAGUUAUAUGAUUUUGCCUUCGAAAAACGAUUAGUAGGUCAUAUCUUAAAAAAAAUGAUAGCGAGUAAGUUCGUAGCGGGUCACGUGACCAAAAUGUGAUUUUUAAAAUUAUGAAUUACCUCUUUCGGAACACAAAUUUUGCACUUAAAGGAAAAUGUUGAAAAGAUAAUGUGGUAACGUUUACAGCACAUUUGAGCGUAUCUAUCAAACGUUAAACAAGAUAUAAGAAAAAGUAGUUCUGGCCGCCAUGUUGGAGGGCAAACAACAUGGCGGCCAAUACAAAUCAUACUACUUUGUUGAAAAAUCAGUGUCAUACCUUAAAUGCGUUUUCUCUCAAAUUUCGGGUGUAAGAUAAUUUUUAUGUGCUCUGUCAAUUUUUGGCAUCAGCAAGAUUCCAACUCAUUGUUUAAAGGAAGCAUUGGUCACGUGACCUCUCAGUGCAAGUAGCCUAUUGUAUGCCAUGUUUGCUUUGUUUUGUUUGAUGUUUAGACCUAACAAUAUGAUAGUUCAGUCGCAGCCUGGAACAGGAAAAACGGCAGCAUUGGUUUUGUCCAUGCUCAGCAGAGUGGAUUCAGCAAAAAACUUCCCUCAGGUAUUAUUACAUCAUACAUAUUUUAUUGAAUGUGUCAUUUUACUUCCUGUAUGACGUAUUGCUCGCUUUUUCUACACCCCUGCAAUCUUAAUAACAUACUCACAGAUUUGUUGAGGUACAUGUAAACCUUUAAACUUCGCAACAAUUUUGUCCGUAAACAUUUCGUCAUAGUAAGCUGUCCAUGGGUCUUCGGGGAUGGUCAACCAGGAAACAAGUCAAUUUUCACUUGUUAUCUUUAGGCCAGAAACAAACAUUAAAGUUUUAAUGAAUUUUUCCCCACGAAACUGAAUUGUUGCAAUGAACCGAUUGGUUGUGCUUUUUUCAUUUCAAGGUUAUCUGUAUUUCACCAACAUAUGAGCUUGCACUACAAACAGGACAAGUAGCAGAAAAGAUGGGCAAAUUCUGCCCUGAAGUCAAGAUUGGUUAUGCUGUGAGGGGGCAGGAAGGUGAGAAACUGGAGCCAGGCAAAAAAUGCGCAAGGUGGAAAGGCCUUUACAAACGGUUGAACACUGUUGGCAUUGAAUUUGUAUUGUACCGUUUGUAAAGAAUUAUGCAUACACUCGAAACAGUUUUUAGAGUUGUUAUUUUCUAUAACAAUAGGCAUUGUUUGCUAUUAGCCUCGUUUCAGUGUCAACUUAAGAGACUGGCUUGUAUAACGAGACAGUUGAUGUAACACUUGGUGGGAGAUAUUAAACAAGGCUUGGUUUCUUGGGCCGUGUGACUUCUUCGUGACUAAACAUUUUCUUUUUCUUUCCUCCUCCUUUCUACAGUGUCAAGAGGUCAGAAAGUCACAGAUCACAUAAUAUUUGCCACACCCGGGACCAUGCUAGACUGGAUUCUGCGUCACCGAGCACUAGACCCGAAAAAAAUCAAGAUGUUUGUGUUAGAUAAGGCUGAUGUCAUGAUAGAAUUACAGGGACACCAGGAUCAGUACAUUAGAAUAAACAAGUAAGGCUACUUCCUUUUCGUCGUACUCACCUAUCAUGUCUCCAGGAACAAAAAUUUGGUUUUAACAAUUACCUGCUUACCAAUUAAUUAACAAUUUUUGGAUGAGACAGUCAUGAUGAAGGCCGUGUUUUCCGUUAUCCUUUAAGAGCCUAGCAAAUCGACAUUUUAAAACUAAGAAACAGAAGGGGACCCUGAGAACAACGAAUUAAGUAUAAACUGCAACCAGCCCUUCAAGAUGUACAAAAUAUAUUAGGGAGCUUUUAAAGGAGAGCAACCAAUAUGUCAAUUCUAGAGUUGAACUGAAGCUCACCAUCCAAGAUCAGGAAAAGGACAUAAAACGUAAGAUUAGGAAAUCUCAUGUCGUAGUAGUGCAGUGACGACGAAGAAAUGUAAAGAGCGACGCGCGUGAAGAGUUGUUAGUCUUAUUAAAGCUAUUGCUUUUUUCGCGCACUGGUUGCCAUCGCCGUCCUGGGGCCUGUGUCUCGAAAGUCCCGAUAAUCAACGCGCCCAGAAAGCUGUUGUUGUUUACAUUCAAGACAGGUUUUAUCUAGGGUAUUUGAGGGGAAGAAGCUUCCCCCCGCCAAAAUGCCCAGCUUCCCCCCCAAAAAUAUCGUUAUCAAAACGCACCAGAUUGCAUGGCGCAAAUUCAUUUCAAAAAAUUUCCGGGGGCAUGACCCCGGACACUUCUAGGGAGCUCAUGACCUUCAACCACUCCGGACUUCUCCCUCAAACGAUAAAUCCUGGAUAGAAGCCUGCAAGAUUGAGGUGUUAAUAGUUUUGCAGAUAAACAUGUUAAAACUAUCAAUUAACAAAACAAGCUACACUUAACAGCUAGAACUCGCGCUUUUGUUCCUUAGAUUUUGAUUUGAAUAUUUACUUUGGGGCCCGAAAAUCAUACGUUUCUGGGAAACUGCCCGCCCUCCACUCCCCUUUGCUAACAAUAACACUUACUUCUCACUUAGGGAAAAAUGUUGGCUUAGGGGAUUGGUAGGUGUACAGAUUCCCAGAAACGUAUGAUAGUUACUGGGGCUUUCGAGAAACGAGCCCCAGGCUGCUUAUUACAGCUUCCUCGCAUAGACAAAAUGACGUCAGUUUGACUGACAUUUACAAAAUCUGUCUAAAAUUUGGGGUAACUUGACUAAUUUCUCCCGGCAGAAAAACUAGCAGUGAUCAGAGAUUAAAGACAUGCGGUUGUUUCAAUUUUAUUUUUUCUAUGUGACUUGUGCGUGUAAUCGAUGUAAACUGGCAUAACAGAGGAACAGAGAAAACAGGCCGCCGAUUCCAAUUUAUUCCACAGGUCACUUAACACAAAGUGGCUUGCGGACGUUUCCCAUCGCCCGCAACUUCGGUAGUAAGCUGCCAGCUGGAAGUAGCACUGUCCUUGUUGCCAAUUCUCACGGAUGUCAAUGAUUUAGCAUUUUGUGAGCUUUUUAACCUCGGCGAGAGGACCAUGGAUAGACCACGGUUUUACCAAGGCUGAACACGGUUUCCAACCAUCGCCUACCAUGGUUUGGCAGUGAUAUAACCAUGGUUUGACCAUGAUCAACCAUGAACGUUAAAUGGCACUAAGGUUGACCAUAACCAUACCAUACCUUUCGUCGACCGCAACUUCGGCAGUAAGCUGCCAGUUGGAAUUAGCACUGUGCUUGUUACCAUUUUCGCGAAUGUCAAUGAUCCAGCAUUUUGUGAGCUACUACAUCGUCACGAUACGUAUAAACGUACGAAAGUAUAAACGCGAAUAUUAAAUUUAUGAAAUAAUACAGAAAAGUCGUUACGUCACGUUGCUGUGCAAGAUUUUUGGAUGACAACAAACCGAUAAAGUCAAUUAAAAGUCUAUUCGCACUAUUUCAAACUUCACCGAUCUUACUCAGUUUCAUUUAAUUUGGCAAAUUUUGGCGAAAUUUUCUUUAGGACUGUAUCUAUCGUUAGAAAAAGAAAGCGACAAUUUUUGUGUUGUGUUCACCUACUCCUUAAAGCGGGCUCGCGAAAUUAGGAAGUUUCAUGUCGUAGUGGUGCCACGACGGCAAAGAAACGUACAAAAUAGAGUGAUGCAUAUGUAAAGUUGGUGUUUGUCGUUAAAAACAUACUAUUUUUGCCGUUCUCCUUGCCGUCGCCGUUGGUCUUGUUGUCAUCCAGAAAUAGUGCUACCAUGGUAACGUUACGUCACAUUUCUCUUCCCUAUUUACUUCCACUUCUUUUAGGACUAUGCCUUAAGACUGCCAAAUGCUUCUGUUCUUUGCAACCUGCGACGACGAGGUGAUGAAAUUUGCCAAGACCGUAGUACCAGACCUUAUCAUCAUUCGGCAGCGCGAGAGCCUGGAAAAUAUCCAGCAGUACUAUGUGGUGUGCCGUGACGAAGAGGACAAGUUCCAGGCCCUCUCUAACAUGUAUCACGUUGUGUCUAUUGGACAGGGUAUCGUUUUUUGUCACGUAAGUGUUAAAAAGUCCUUCCCUCGCUCUCCCUUUUUUCCUUUCCUGCUUCAUUUUUGCUCCUUAAGCCCCAACGUCCCUCGCCCCAGAAAACGAUCGCUACGCAGCUUAAAUUUUCGUGGUUUCCCCGCGAAAUGACGUCUGAGAAACGACGGAAGAAAUUCCAUACUGAUGACGUGUCACUACCCAGAUCCGGGUAGUGCUUCUGAAUGGUCGUUCCCAGUGGGAAAUUUGCUUCAGCCAAUCAGAAGCACUACCCAGUCCUGGGUAGUGACUAGUCCCCAGUAUGGAAUUUCUAUGCUCGUUUCUCAGACGUCCUUUCUCGGGGAAACCCGUGAUGCCCUUGGGAAAUGUUGGCGGUUUUCUCAGGCUAAAAUUUUAGUGGCUGUUCAAACGAUUUUCCCUUAAAUAUUAGCAACCCCAGAACGUCUUUCUAUGUUUUUACGUAUGCCUGUGUAAUUUCAGACUCGGAAGUCCGCCUCUUGGUUAGCAGAAAAAAUGACAGCGGAUGAUCAUUCAGUAGCGCUGUUGUCAGGCGGGAUCACAGUGGAACAGCGGCUAGCAGUAUUAAACAGAUUCCGCGAGGGAAAGGAGAAAGUGCUGAUAACAACUGUUAGCCUCAUAGGCAUUGAUAGUGAACAGGUAACUAAGUGUCAGCGCGCGUUGACCGCCAUUUAAAUCAGUCGAGACCACUGAAUACCCUUCCCUUUUGCCCUCUGUGUCCCCUCCACCCAGUCAAAGGUUCCUAAAGAUCGUGGGGCUUGCGCUUUUACCCCUUUCUUUGCCGUGUUUCCAACAGAGAGGACGUGAAUUUGCGCUGUUCAGCGUGCAUAGAAAGUCGUGUACCAUAGCCCGGGGCUAGUGGAUUUUGCUAUGAGGCUAGUAAAUUCUGUUCGGCCGAGUGAAGUUUGUUGGGGAAAUUCAAAUCACAUAAUUUCUGCCUAGACUACGAUGGUCCCUCAUUUUGCUCGGAGAUAGUUGAGCUCUCUUUCCUUCGCGUGUCACCUACCUCGCGGGUGGCGAAUUUCACGCGUGCUCGCGUAUUUCGCUCGCUCUACCAUAGGUGGCCUGUUAGUUCGAAAUAUGACCAUCGGCACACUUGCGUAACGUUCGAAAUAUAGGGAUUUGUAUGUUGAAAAAAAAAAAAACGAUUUUUCUAAAGUCUACGAAAGUGAAAGGAUUUGACAAAAAAAAAAAAAAUCGGCUUACCUCACUUAAGCUGUGUUUUUCUUCCUUCCUGUGUGGUUCCCGAGUCGAUCUAUGGCCAUUUACGCGUUUUAAUUGAGCUGAGAACAAACCAGCUCAAUUAAAACCCACAUAAUGGCCAAAUCCUUUCACAUUCGUCGACUAUAGGAACAAUCGUUUUUCUCACCAUACAGAUCCUUAUAUUUCGAACUUUACGUGACAGUGCCGAUAGUCAUAUUUCGAGCUUGGGCCACCUGUGUAUCCCUGAGGAAAAUCAGGGACUCGUAACCGUUUUAUAAGCUGUUCUGACGAAGUGAAAUAAGCAAGUAUCGCAUUACAUUUUAUGUCAGACUAGAGGUUAUGCGUCUCACUUGACGUAAGUUUAUACUGAAUUCAUGAAUGUAACACUAAAUGUCUCGACCUUUCUCGCAUUCUUUUCUCUUGUUGAUGGCAUUAUGAGUGUUUCUAUGUUAAUUUGUUAAUAUGGUGAUGCUGUAGAAUGGGAGAAUAGAAUAGCGAAUAGAUUACGGAGGGCAACCAAGCGCGGUAAAUUCUCGCGUGCUGCAUGGGUAUUUGAUGUUGUGCCAAACUCGAGAUACUGUAAUAGGAAAUACCAGAGCAAAAACUUAGCCAGAUCUAUGACAUCGCUUCAAUAUUUACCCAAUUUUGCGCCUACGUUUCUUGUUUUUUUUUUAAAUUCAAUAUUUAUCCAGCGGCAUCCAAUUUAGCAGAGCUAGUUUAAAUGGAGCCCUGACACAACACAAAAACAAAGACAUUAAAACUAGACCAUUAAUUAAGUUACAAAGGCAACAUGUACCGCAGGCGUUACUGUUUAAAAUGGCGCUUUAGCUUGAUUUUAAAUUCACUGAGGGUCUCUACUUGUCUGAUGAUUGUCGGUAGGGUGUUGUAGGUCCGAGCACCGUUUAGACAACUUAAAAAGUUUUCAAUGAACACGAAAUUCGGGGGUUUUAUAGUACACUGAUCAAUUGCUGUACUGAAAUUUUGUUAAAGAAAAUCUACAAACGAAUUGUGGUUUAAUCGCUGUUUUCGAGAAGGAAGCCUCAGAAAUUAAAAAUUAGUGGUUUUACAGUAAAGAUAAAUUUGUCUAAAUAUAAGAGAUUCAGAGUGGAAGGUGUCGCUACAAAAAUACUGUCGAGCCACCUUAAAUUACUACAUUCUGGUAAACACCAUUAAAAAGACAUUAGAAGUAAGGCUCCGAAGGCUCCUAAAGCUUUCGUUAAAUUAUAACUUACUACAGUGAAUUAAUAAAGCAGGUAAUAUUAAUUAACUAAUGGUGUAAUAAAAUAAAAUAAAAUAAAAUAAUUAAUUAUUUAUUUAUCCUGCUCGUCAAAAAUUUUUUCGGGCCAGUCAAAACGACUUUCGGGCUAGUAUAUGCUAGCCACAGCUUGUAAAACCGACUUGCUUGUAAAGCUGUAGCUGUAGCUUGUAAAACUGACUCUUCUUGCACCCUGCUGUUUCCAACUUCAUUGCUCUUAUCCCAUCUUGUCAAAUAAGGCAAAUGUUUAAAGUUUCUUGCGAAGCAAGUUCAGAAAAGGAAAAGAACAUCAUCGUCUUGCGUUUGCGUCCUUCGUAAAACGCGAAAUUAGGAAGCGUCAUGUUGUAGUCGUAACAAAAUUUGUGAAGCACGCGUAGUUGUUUGGAUUAUUUAACUUACUGCUUUCUGACGUUAUCGUCACAGCACCGUUUACGCUAGUGAGGAUUGGGCCUUAGUAAUACGAUGUUGUAAUAAUUUUUGUUUUGUUGUUGUAGGUAAGGGUCGUAGUAAAUUACGAUAUGCCAGUUGACCCCACGGGUACACCAGAUUACCAAACAUACUUACACAGAAUCGGCAGGACAUGCCGGUUUGGCGAGAGCGGCAUUGCCGUCAACUUUAUUGAAGGUCAGCGGUCUAUGACAGUCAUGAAGAAAAUCGAAGAACAUUUUGGCGAGAAAAUAUCGCUUUUGCAGGCUGAUGACGUAGAUGAACUUGAGAAACUGGGCAACUAA